UUUAAACUCAGCGGGCGCAGUAUACCGCGAUUCGUCGACGCCGCGCAUCGCUUGCCCACGCGCAUAGUGUAAAAUAUAAAUAAAAAUGGCGGCGGGAGACGUCACCCGACGCGCCUCGAUCACAGCGCCAUCUAUGCAUCGGCGGCCAUCAGCGCGUAGGGGCUCGCUUAUUAAGAACCCACAAUCACCAUCACAGGAAGUGCCUUGGGAUAUAAUAGAUAGAUGCGCGCUGCCGAUAGUUUUAUGCCACGCCCUGGCUGUGGUCCUAUCUGCGCUCCUAAACGCUUUACACAUCAGCCAAAUAUCCGUCUUCACACUUUUCCUCUGGUUUUCCAUAUCCGUGACUGGAUCUCUUUGGUUCUACCAUAACUUGCAGGUCACAGCAGCCGGAAAAGCAGUGCUGGUUACAGGAUGUGACAAUGUCCUAGGCAAUGCUCUGGCAAGACGGUUGGAUGACUUGGGAUACCAUGUUUUCGCUGGUUUCCAGAAUAAAGCUGGUAAUAUUGAUGCAGAUAUGCUGAAAGAAGACUGCUCAGGCAGAUUACAUACGCUUCAGCUGGACGAAACUUCUGAAACACAAAUUCUGUCAGCGUCGUUAUACAUCGUGGACCAUUUGCCAGAGGGCGCGCAAGGCUUAUGGGCGAUUGUGAAUUGUGAAUCUUGGUGCGCGUUGGGUGAACUAGAGUGGGUGCCAUUUUCAGUCAUCCGCCGAGCUAUGGAAGUCAACCUGUUAGGUCCAGCCCGCCUCGUGCAAGUAAUGCUACCGCUAGUACGCAGAGCUCGGGGUAGAGUGGUUCUAGCAUCUUCCAUUUUGACCCAUGUUGCUGCGCCCGUGAGAGGUGUGCAUGCAGCCUCUAUGGCUGCUCUUGACGCCCUCGCUGCAUGCUUACGUCGGGAAUUGAAACCGCGCGGUGUUGAUGUUGUGGUAGUAGCAGCUGGUGAGUACACGACAGGUAGUGCCUGGCUGUCUGAAGAGAAGUUGCUGGAACAAGCUCGUGACAUGUGGAAGCGUCUGAGUGACGAGCAAAAAGGAGCAUAUGGCGAAGAUUACUUUGAACAGGCUCUGAGGAGCCUUGAGAAAUACACAAAGAAUGCAGAUGUGGAUCUGACAGCUGUCACUCGAGCGCUAAGUGAUGGCGUUACGCGCACUUUCCCGCUUGCGCGCUACACUCCAGUAUCGCCGAGGGAGAAACUCAAGUCCAUUCUAGCUGAACAUAUGCCUCGAUGCCUUUACGAAGGAUUAUACACCGACUAAUAAUUGAAUCGAACUCUGGAAUCGUUAAUGGCUACCUGAAUAGCAAAUAAUUCUCUCUGAAAACAUGAAUAAGGCCUAGUUUUCGUUAUUGAGUAGCGGCGAAAUUUAAUCAAAAUAAAACCUUUAUAAAUUGUAAUAUUAAAUUUACAUUUAAUUUUAUUUAGAACGAUGAAAAAGAAAUUUGUCUUUUUCAAAUUAUUUAUUGUAAGCGAAUGCCGUAUUAUUCUAAAAUUAUUUGUCUUUAUUUUCUCAGAAUAAAUUACGAUUGUAUAUUUAAGUUUCAAAUUUUGUACCACGUUACUUUAAUUAGUAAAUCAGGUUUUCAUGGCGCACUAAAACCCUGCAAUUUCAAUAACUGCAUUGCGCGUUGCCCUAUAAAGCUCGUACUCAAUACUUCGCUACAGGAAUAAAUAUAAAGCAUCCUCAUAGUUAAACUAUUGCAAUUUCCUCUGCACUUUAAUAGAUAUCGAACAUUCUGUAGAAAAUCUCGGUAUUCACUGCAUAGCAUCUCGUAGUACUUCUAAGAAUCCAUUCGCCUACGUGAAACGAUUUGUAUCUCAAUAACAUUGAUAAUUAACAGAAAGUAUGAGGCUAUUAACAUAAUAUUUAAUCACUUAAAGUAUUAAUUUUCAGUCUGUCUAACAUGUUAGUAAUUUUUACAAAUCAUUGGCCAAGCAUCUUCGCAUCGAAUCACAAAUAUUCACGACAUUUAUAUCUCACUAUGGCCAAUAUUUGUUAUGAUAGAUAUAAGUUUAUGCGAUCUCUCAAAAUACAUCAAACAAGAUGCACUGGUAUUGCCAUUGAACCUAAAUAUACGCACUAAGUGUUAAUUAAUGUAAAAUAGCGAUAAAAUCGCGCGACAUUUAUGCGACGUAUUUUAAGACCGCAAAACUUUGCAAUAGCUUCUUAUGUAUGUACACGAAUCUUUUACUGACCUAUACAUAAUAAAGCAUAAACAACCUUUUACUAAAGGACAAAGUAUUUAAAGCUUGAUGAAAUAUAUGUAAAAAUAGCGUAGCGUAAAAGUAGCAACUUAAUUCGCUUGAUAUGAUGAUAUAGUUGAACUAAAGUGAGCCGACCCACGCUAACCGGUGUUACCUAUUAAUUCGAGCAUUUAAAUUGUUCUUGUAUAACAAAUGAGACCUCUCCACAGCACAGCUAUUGUAAUAUGUAAAUGUAAUAAGCAUUGACCUUGACCUUUGACAUGUAUUAAUAAUGUACAUUUAACCUUAUACAUCAAGGAUUUGUAAAAGAAUGUCUACUGAAAAUAAUAUAUUGAAAUUGGUUGUCAAGCUAAUUAUUAUAAUACUACGAAUUAGUACUGAGUGUUGCUAAGAGUAUAUAUAAGAGCAUAAUUAACGUAAAAGCUAAAACUGAAGUUCAACGUUAUAGCUUCCCAGACGUAAAAUGUUUAUUUAUUGACGUGUCGCUUUUUAUGUCGUAUUCCUUUAUCAUUUUCAUAUGAAUUUACUCUCACUUUAACAACCGCUCGCUCGAGUGCCAUACAUUUUCAUUUAGACGUAUUUUUAUCGAAGUUUAGCGUAUUACUUAAGUAGUUGUAACAUUACAUAUUAUUAAAGUUUAUCGACAACUUUCUUUUAAAAAAUGCUUAUCUUAUUUAUGUAUUAUAGUUAUUGUCAUCUGUUGUUUGUAUCAUUUUGUAUAGACACGGUUGAUGUUUUGAACGUAAGUAGUUAAACUAUACAUUUUAACAUCGGUCCCUGUAGUUAAAAACAUUAACUGUUAAUCAAUGUGUCAUGAAUUAUUAAAACAAUAUUUUAUUUGUAAGUAAAAAUAAUUUACAAACAAGGAGUGGAUUUAUUAAAUCUAGUCAACAUAGCUGUGUAUAGCUUAUACUUAGAUGGCCUAUAGGACAAUAUGUUUUAAUACAGCUUUACAAAAAACAUAUACAUAUAUCGGAUUUUUACUACGUGUGUCCACGAAAACCCUAAAUUCGCUGCACUAUCUACAUCCCUAAAUCAAAGCCGGAAUAUUGCAAUAGAAUUGUUGUAGUACACUAAAAAAAACGUAAUGUAUGUGUAUGUGUAGUUGUUGUUGCACAGGAAAACAACAUCUACAUUCUGCUGGUACUUCCACGAAAGAUUAAUAAUUGAGACACAAUUUUGUUCAACUUACAAGAAUUACACAAUUCUUACUUAUCACGAAUAUUAAUCCCAUUGAAGUCUAGGUUUACAAUAAAUGUGUAAUGUCUUAUUUUUUAUUAUUUUCUUGAAUUGUAUGGUCAUUGUUGUGUACCUUAUUUUUUCUAAGCUUAGCUUUCUCAUCGGUAGUGUAAUCUGUUUUCAUUAAGACUUGCUUUCAUCUCAACUCUUUUAAAAAUAGUUUUUUAUAGUGACCACAGCUUAUUCAGCAUUAUAAUCGACGAUUGUAAUCGAUAAGGAUUUAGAAACAGUUUUUCAAAAUAACUAAAUUCAAUGUAUUUGCUUUUGUGUCUUUCCUGGUAUAUUUAGACUAAGAUAUACCGCUUACGUGAGUGUUGAAGAUGCUGAAUUCUUAAUACCUUUAGAAGAAAGUAAUUUUAAAAAUGUACCACGUCUCUAACUUAUAGGCUGACCUAUUUCGAUACUGGUUCACAUUUAAAUAUGCAUUUAAAUUUGUAUCCAACACCUGCCCGCAUGUUAAAUUGUGUGUAUAGUUUUGUAAUUUUAUGAAAUAAAUAAAAUAAAAUAAA